CGUCCCCGGGGAAGGGGGGGGGGUAUGUCCCGGCCCGGCCCUCCGGCCCCGGCCCCGGCCCGCCGGCCGGCCUGACGGGUGGGCUCGGGGGCCGAGCGGAGCGCAGCGCGCAGAGUGCCGCGCCCCCGACCCACGGCCCCGUGGCGGCGAUGGCCGGGACCCGGGGCCCCCCGGGCGGCGCCGCCGUGGGAUCGGAAGGCGGGGGCGCCGAGGGGCAGGGCUUCCAGGUGGUCACCUUCAAGUGGCAUCACGUCCAGGACCCCUACAUCAUCGCCCUCUGGAUCCUGGUGGCCAGCCUGGCCAAGAUCGUUUUCCACCUGUCCCAUAAAGUCACCAGCAUCGUCCCAGAGAGCGCCCUGCUCAUCGUGCUUGGCCUCUUCCUGGGGGGCAUCGUGUGGGCGGCCGACCACAUCGCGUCCUUCACCCUCACCCCGACGGUCUUCUUCUUCUACCUGCUGCCGCCCAUCGUCCUGGACGCCGGCUAUUUCAUGCCCAACCGGCUCUUCUUCGGGAACCUGGGCACCAUCCUGUUGUACGCCGUCAUCGGGACCGUGUGGAACGCGGCGACCACCGGCCUUUCCCUCUAUGGGGUCUACCUCAGCGGACUCAUGGGAGAACUCAAAAUCGGCCUGCUGGAGUUCCUCCUGUUUGGAAGCCUGAUCGCUGCAGUGGAUCCAGUGGCCGUCCUGGCUGUGUUUGAAGAAGUCCACGUGAAUGAGGUCCUCUUUAUCAUAGUUUUUGGGGAGUCGCUACUCAAUGACGCCGUCACCGUGGUGCUGUACAAUGUCUUUGACUCUUUCGUUGCGUUGGGUAUGGACCAAGUGACCGGAGUGGACUGUGUGAAAGGCAUAGUGUCGUUCUUCGUGGUGAGCCUGGGAGGGACCCUCAUCGGCAUCAUCUUCGCCUUCCUCCUCUCCUUGGUCACCCGCUUCACCAAACACGUCCGCAUCAUCGAGCCGGGCUUCGUCUUCAUCCUGUCCUACCUGUCCUACCUCACCUCCGAGAUGCUUUCCCUGUCUGCCAUUCUGGCGAUUACGUUCUGCGGCGUCUGCUGUCAAAGGUACGUGACGGCCAACAUCUCCGAGCAGUCCGCCACGACGGUGCGCUACACCAUGAAGAUGCUCGCCAGCGGCGCCGAGACCAUCAUUUUCAUGUUCCUGGGCAUUUCGGCCGUCAAUCCGGACAUCUGGACUUGGAACACAGCAUUCAUCCUCCUCACUUUGGUCUUCAUUUCCGUGUACAGAGUCAUCGGGGUCGUUUUACAGACCUGGAUCCUGAACAGGUACCGGAUGGUCCAGCUGGAGAUCAUAGACCAGGUGGUCAUGUCCUACGGCGGGCUGCGGGGGGCCGUGGCCUUCGCCCUCGUGGCUCUCUUGGACGAGAAGAAGGUGAAGGAGAAGAAUCUCUUCGUGAGCACCACCAUCAUCGUCGUGUUCUUCACCGUCAUCUUCCAGGGUCUGACCAUCAAGCCCCUGGUGCAGUGGCUAAAGGUGAAGCGCAGUGAGCAUCGGGAGCCCAAGCUCAACGAGAAGCUCCACGGCAGGGCUUUUGAUCACAUUCUUUCUGCCAUCGAAGAUAUAUCCGGACAGAUUGGACAUCAUUACCUGAGAGACAAGUGGUCCAACUUCGACCGGAAGGUCCUGAGCAAAGUCCUGAUGAGAAGGUCGGCUCAGAAAUCGCGAGACCAGAUCCUGAAUGUUUUCCACGAGCUCAAUCUGAAGGACGCGAUUAGUUAUGUGGCAGAGGGAGAACGCAGAGGGUCCCUGGCCUUCAUCCGCUCUCCCAGCACGGACAACAUGGUCAACGUGGACUUCAGCUCCCGUCGCCCAUCCUCCGUAGAAGCCUCCGUCUCGUACUUGCUGAGAGAGAACGUCAGCACCGUCUGUUUGGACAUGCAGGCCUUGGAGCAGAGGAGGCGUAGUUUGCGAGACACAGAGGACAUGGUCACUCACCACACCCUCCAGCAGUAUCUCUACAAACCCAGGCAAGAGUACAAACACCUGUACAGUCGGCACGAGUUAACGCCAGAAGAAGAUCAGAAACAAGACAAAGAGAUUUUCCACAGAACGAUGAGGAAGCGGUUAGAGUCCUUUAAGUCUACAAAACUUGGAAUAAACCAGACCAAGAAGACAGCCAAACUCUACAAGAGGGAUCGAGGUCAGAAGAGGCGGAACAGUAACAUACCCAAUGGAAAAAUACCAACUGAUACCUCAGCGCAUGAUUUUGCUUUCAAGGAGAAAGAAAUGGAGCUCUCGGACCCGGAGGAGGCCGGCGAGUUCGAUCCCAUGCAGAUGAGUGGAGGGAUUGAGUUUCUGGCCAACGUCACCCAGGACCCGGCCACCGACUCGACCACGGGUGAGGCGAACUCCGACGCGCCGCUGACAGGAUAUCCUCCCCGGGAAAACCCGCCGUCUUGGAAAGCCGACCCUUCCGGCCUCCACGCCUGCGCCCCUGAAAAGCCCCUGCUCUUACUCCCCGCUUGCCUGCAACGGCCGAGGACCCAGAACUACUCUUCCUUGGACAACCAAGGAGCCAACCUCCUGUCUCCCACCUCCGAGUACACGGCCCCCUUCGCCCCCACGGCGGCCGAGCCCGGCCCGAGAACCGCCGUCGGCCAGGGCGAACCAGCGCCCGGUAAUUCCGGCUACGGCUCCGAGACGAAGGAGGAGUCGGGGGAUGCCAAGCCAAACCCCGCUCGAGCUCUGAAAGAGGAGCAGGACGCGGAGCCCUCCGCGAAAGCCGCCCCCGAGAAAAAAACUUUCUUCAACGUCCACGCUCACCUGAGAUCGGCCGCGGCCAGGCGGGUCCAGAGCCGCCGCUCUUUCCAUCGGCCGAAACCCCUGCGCUACCCCAAGCUUCAAAAACUAGCCUCCCUUCCUCAGUCUUGCCACAUCCUGCCACACUCUCUGGAACAAGAAGAAACUCAGCUUUGAUCCCCGGAAGCAGAGCGAGAUGAGCGGAGAGCGCGGGAGAAUGAUAGUUCUCCGUCUCCAGAGCUGUAGGCGGUCGGUCGUAUUUAUUGAGCGCUUUACUCUGCUUAGAGCAGUAUACUAAGCGCUUGGGAGAGUACAACACACACAUUCCCCGCGAAGGAAAGGGAAGGGUCGAGCGGAAAGGACGGGAAAGUCAAACCGUGCAGGGACGGGGUGGGUCUGCUUUCUCCUCUCGGGACAAUCUUCCCUCCUUCUCGUAGCCUUUCCCCACACAUUCCCAUCCCAUUAUUCAAUCGUAUUUCAUUCAGUUGUAUUUAUUGAGUGCUGACUGUGAGCAGAGCACUGGACUAAACGCUCGGUACGUUAGCACUGAGGAGGUCUGCGGGUCCAGCGAGAGAAGGCGCGAUGAUGCGGUUAGGUCAUGUAGGCACUUUCCGAGCACCGGGAGGAGACUUUUGCGCCACAGUCGCCGGGUCGUCUGGAAGUUCGAGGGAGUUAACGAGCCCGUAACCCACAGACGCCCACGGUCAGGCGCCAUUUGAGCUCCAGGACCAGCGGAUUCGGUCCUCAACAAGAACUAAGCGACCCUUCCCUUUCCUUCGCGGCUAUAGCCAGAAGCCUGACCGAUUUCUGACCGGGGGCUGGGGCUAAGGUCCAUCGCUGGCUCUGUCCCUGCUUGUCCCCAAAGGGAUGAAGACCCCAGCACGGAAAGGCAGCAGGCCGCGGCCCCUUCCUCUUCCCCAGCUUCUUACUCGGCCCGUCGAGACGCCCUCUUCCCCCGGCCCCCAACCCCACGGACUAGUGCCUUUUCCUUCCCCGGGAAACCGGUCUGGAUUGCUUUUUCCCAUUUGAACUUUUCAUCGAUCCUCCAAGGCGUCUGAUCGUGAUCCACGUGCUCUCCCCCUUCCUUAGAGGUGCUCAAUCAUUUACCACCUAAUUGCUCUCACGCGCCACCGAAACAGAGACCUAACGGGCUUUAUUUGAGCAACACAGCUGAACGGUUAGCCGGGUGGGGGUCGUUACCUCCUUCCUCCCCACCCCCGGCAGUCUCUGCAUGAAGUUCCAACCUGCCGAAGUGAAUGGAGGUAAAAAUGGCUGUGGUGUGGUCCCUCGAACUGUGGGAAUGGCAAAUAGAAGUCCACCGUCAAGGAAAGGAUGACCCUUCUCUCCCGUCGUCCUUCAUACGGGUACCAUUUUGCGCCCGUCUUCCCGCUCGCCCGAUGUUGAUCCUUUCCCGGCUUUUGGUCGAAUCGCUUUCCAGCAGUUGGUAUUCCUUUCCCUCGGUCGUAGGGGGCAGGUGCCAAGAUCGACUCAGGAAUCAAAGCGCCAAGCGCCUUCCCGUGAGAAGGUGGAUGUUUGCGGACUGACGUGCGUCGCGGCCUUUGAGGGCUUUCUCAUCCAGCCCGGGGGAUUAAAUGGAUACGGACUUCAGCCGAGUUGCCAAACCGUAGCGGAGUCCCGCCCCUUGGAAAGCACAGACUAGUUUAAGCUAGUAGUGACUCACGUGGCUCUCUCAAGCGUCUCCGGAUCGGGGCCUGGGGCGGUGCGGCCUGGAGGGACGGUGCCUCGCUCCUGUUUCCGCCGACUGCAUUUCCGGGGGAACCUCGAGACGUUUCACUUAGCCUCUGUUUUAUCGGAAAAGGGCGAGAGACACUUCCCAAAAAGGCGUCGACGGCAGCGGAUGCGAGGUUUCGAGGGUGGGAGCGGCGUCCGACACGGAAACCCUUCAGGGACUCACCUCUCCGGCACUAGAAGCAGCCAAGGACUCUAUCUGGGACUUAAACAUCCCUUCAGCGGGGUUUUUUUCAAGCCUAUCGAUCACCCCCGUGAUCCUGCGAGAGUAAAACACGACGCGACAGAGAGAACUUCGGCCCCUGCCGGUUUUCAAAGCGAGCGGCUGCUCCGGAGUCGGAAGAAGCGGAAGGACGCAACCCCCGCCGGCGGAGACGGCCGGGAUUCCCGGGGUUGUGGAACGUGCUCGGGAACCCUCCCCGAUUCCGGGGACCGAGCCGCCUAUCCGGGAGGGAAUCGCCUCGUCGGGACUCGUUUCCCAGUUUCCGGGGAAGCGACGAUAGCGACCUGGAGAAACGGACGACGAAAUCGGCGGGAAGGGUCCUGCAGGAGGGAAGGUCGGGGACAGACAAUCUCAGGAGGCUGGAAAGAGAAAAAUCACAUUGAGUGGGCCCAGAGAUUUUGCACUAAAACCUUUCAGGAUUGUUUCUCCCCUGGGGGGAGUAGCCGGGACAUCGCCAGGGCAUAGAUCGCGGGUGGGGAUGGACACCAGGGUGGGGGAAAUCGCCCAGCCGCUGAGCUAGCAUCCUUUUGACCCGACAGACCCGGCAGGGUCGCCCGUCACCCGGUGACCCGAGGGUGAAUCGUCUCAACGAUCCCGUUAUCGAGAUUCCAGGAACCCGGUGACUCCGUCGUACAUUUCCGGCUCCAUCCUACAUUUCCAGGAGUGGAUCGAAGCUAAAGUGACGUAUUCCUCUAAGCUACUUAGGGAGGGAAAAGAAAAAGGACUCAAAACUCCUGGCUCAGGAACAUUCUUUUUUUAUCUUUUUAUUAUGAUUUGUGAGCAAGUCUGGCCAACCUAGGUUCCCAGAGCUAAGGAGAAAUGAUGGAAAAAUCGUAUUACUGUAUUUUUUUUUUGACUGCAUCAGCUCCAGAAUACUUGACUACCUGCCUGAAGGCUACUUCACGCCAUUUACUUCAAAAAUCGCAGCUUCGUUAAGGAGGAAAGGGAAACCAUCACCGAGGAAUGUUUGCUGCGCGGUUCGCGAUGAUCUUUACGCCUGCAAAUGGUUUUUCUCGACGUCUUCCAGCGGUGUUUCCUCAGAGAUCGGUCAUUCGGUCACCCAGUCGUAUUUGUUGAGCGCUUACGGUGCGCAGAGCACCGUACUGAGCGCUUGGCCGUCCUACCGGAUAGGUUGUUCUCUGGGAGAAACGGGUGUCCUGCGGGAGAGAAGGCGGUCGCGGGUAGCAGCCGGCACGGGACACCUCGGGCCACCGAGAGACUUCCUGACAGGAAUCUGUGGGGCUAAAGAAUCCAAGCCUCCUCGGCAACCUUCGUUUGGUUGGGACUCCUCGGGAUGGGCUUUCCGGUUUCAACGCCGCCUCAGCCGCGUCUUCGUGUCGACGUUUUUUCCCGUUUUUCCCGAGGUGACUUUCUGGAAAAGCCACCCCACACGACCACCGAAGGAUGACUUCUGGUUGCCAACGGCUUCCCGCCUCACUCGUGUCUCUUCCCUCUUCUUGUGAAUACGUCUAGGGAGUUUUUAGUCUCUUUACACAGUGUUAUAAGUCCGACUACUGUUGAUAUCUUUCGCUAAGAUCCCCUCGCCCUUCCUCUCCCUAUUACAAUCCACGAUGUAAAAAAAACCCCGAUUCUUCUAUGAAUGUAUAUUCCUUAGAAAUAGUUCCUAUUUAUUUAAUACCUGACCCGGGCCUACUUUGUUGUACAAAGAAUACGUAUAAGAGAUGAUCGGUUCUUAUGAUGUACACCUCGCUCCAAAUUUGAUUUUUUUUUUUUUUUACACAACAUUCAGGAUGCUGCAACGUUAGUCUCGAAGAGGAAACUAUCGUGUUUAUUUGGGAGAAACGAAUGCUCUGUGUGCUUUCAAACUAGUUGUAGGAAAUGUUAUUUUACAAAGGUGAGACCUAAUCCCAAUCUUGGUCACGAGAUCAUCAUGUGCCUUAAAAAUGCCACUCCCCACAUCGGUUGGAGAACGGUAUGGGGAAUUGGAAGGAACUCUCUAAAUGGGGCUCGUAACUUAUUAGUUUUUGAACAGGAAUGCCGCUCGAUAGAUUCUUUAUAUUUAAAAAAAAAAAAAAAUGUUUUCCACACGCCCAACCUGGAAACUGUCUAUAAAUGAAGAUUUGGGGAUAAUCAUGCUAAAGUGAAGGUUUAUUGGUUUGGACAUUAAAAUUAAUUUAUUGAAAGCCUGCA